AUGUGCCGGAAGUCGAUGGCUCAGGAUCGUACUUCGUGGCAGUCUAUGGGGCAGGCCUAUGAAAUGAUGAUGAUGAUGAAGCACUCUAAACUACGCAUCUCGCGAGCCAGCGUUCAGUUCACCUGGACAGCCCGCGCCGCCGCCACUGCGGGCUACGCGAGCCAGUGGUGCGAAAAGAACGAAAUUUCGAAUUUGGAACGCUGGUCCUGUGCUAUUAGUUUCAGUGCUUGCGAAGGUCCAAUCACAUUC